UUUAAUCAUACCAUCAUAAUCGAAUAACUACAUAUCAAUACCAUCCAAACAAAAUAAAUUCAUUCCAUUGGAAUCAAACAAUUCAUUUGUCACCUCACUCUCCCACUUAGAAAUUAUUGAAUUGAUUUGUUGUAUCACCAAUAAUCAUGUAUCUCCAUCUCGUUCCACAAAGAGCCAAUUACAACAAGGUCUACAACUAUAAGAUCAACAAUGUGUAUGUGGGACCCCACCGACAACAGCCAUUGUUAAGCCAAAACACUCCCUUCUCAAACCACACACCCAAUCACUUCUUCUCCCAUCAUCUCCUCAACCAACCCAUCUCCUCCUCCUUCUUCUUCCUCCCUUCAACCGCCGGCAAACAAUGUCGUCGCCGGCGACACUUCCGAUGACCACCCAACAAGCCACCACCGCCGACAACAACACCGCCAUCACAACCCCCGCAUUUCGCAGCUUCAUCUCCCGCUUAACCACCUCUCUCCGCCAAACCUUCGCGCAACGCCGCCCUUGGUACGAACUCCUCGAUCGCACCGCCUUCACUCGCCCCGAGAAUCUCUCCGACGCUUUCUCUCGCAUCCGCAAAAACGCCGCUUACUUUCGCGUCAAUUACCUCUCUCUCCUCGCCGCAGUCCUCGCUUUCUCUCUCAUCUCACACCCUUUCUCUCUCCUCGUCCUUCUCUCUCUUCUCGCUUCUUGGAUCUUCCUCUACCUCUUCCGCCCCUCCGAUCAACCCGUCGUUAUCUUCGGUCGCACGUUUUCCGAGCGUGAGACGCUUGGGAUUCUCGUUGUUUCUACUGUGGUUGUUAUCUUCUUGACGAGUGUUGGGUCGUUGUUGAUUUCCGCUGCUUUGAUUGGGGUUGCCAUUGUUUCUGUUCAUGGAGCUUUUAGGGUUCCUGAAGAUCUGUUUUUAGAUGAACAAGAAGGUCCUAAUGCUGGGUUAUUGUCGUUCCUUGGUGGGGCUGCUUCCUCCGCCGCUGUUGCCGCCGCGAAUCCCGCCGGAAGAGUCUGAUUUUGAAUUUUGAGGUAUUCGUUUUUGUUUGAUUUGAUUUGAUAUGAUCUGAUAUUAAAGGGGAAAAUUGGUGGAUUCUUUGGUUAUUAGGGUUUUGUAGCUAGCUAUUUUAAUAGUUGAUCUGGAUCUAAUACAAGAAAUGUGUAGUAGAUCUUUAUAUUUGCUUUUGAUCAAUUUGCUAGCAGUGCAGUGUAAUUUCUUUUUACUGAAUGUAGUUAUAAUUCGAUGAAUUUGUUAUAUGAAAUAUUAUCGCUUAUCAAAGAAAUAGUAUGAUGAGCUUGUUCACUAAUGUUAAUCACUGAUUGUUAUCAUGAA